UGAUAACAUCGAGUCGUUGUUCUUUUUAACAACGUCCUCUAAAUAACAAUGUCGUCUGCAGGUCCACAGAAGAGCAGUUCUUUGACAUUGGUGCUCAUGGUUGCUUCUGCAGCCUUUGGAGGAACUCUUCAAUAUGGAUACAACCUCGCAAUAAUGAAUGCUGCCACAACUUUUAUUCAGACGUUUGUCAAUGAGACAUUCUUGGAGCGGUGGGACAUCCAGUUGGAGGACUACCAGGUGACUCUGGUCUGGACAAUUAUUGUCUCCAUCUUCUCGUUUGGGGGCUUUGCAGGGGCUCUUAUCGCAGGACCGAUGACCAUACGCUUCGGGAGGAAGAAAUGCCUAUUGUUGAACAACAUUUUCCUCAUGACUGGAGCGCUCUUAGCUGUGACAAGUAGAGCUGCCAAGUCGUUUGAGAUGAUCAUCAUCGCACGUGUCUUGGUGGGGAUUAAUGCUGGGAUCAGCAUGAAUGUGCAACCCAUGUAUUUUGGAGAAUGUGCACCAAAGCACUUACGAGGGGCGAUCUCCUUGUCAUCCGCUGUGUUCGCAGCAUUUGGUGUUGUGUUAGGACAGGUGGUCGGACUCAGAGAGAUUCUGGGCAGUGAGCCAUGUUGGCAGUAUCUUCUUGCCAGUAACGCCAUUCCUGGCCUCGUCCAGCUCCUCACCCUGCCCUGGUUCCCUGAGAGCCCCAGAUACCUGCUCAUCGACAGGGGCGACAAGGAUGCUUGUAUUAAUGCUUUGAGACGGCUGCGAGGCUGUGAGGUACAGAGCAGCGAGCUGGAUGAAAUCCUGCAGGAACAGGCUGAAACCAAAGGCAUAAGGGCCCGCCGACCCUGGGAGCUUUUUACUGAUCGUUCAGUGCGCUGGCAGCUCAUCUCUGUCAUGAUCAUCAGCAGUGCCAUGCAACUCUGUGGUAAUGACUCGAUUUACUUCUAUGCAUCAUACAUAUUCAAAGAGGCUGGAGUAUCAGAUGAUAAAAUCCAAUACAUCACAAUUGGCACCGGUACUUGUGAAUUCACAGCAUGUAUAUUGUGUAACCUGCUGGUGGAGCACAAAGGUCGGAGGUUCAUGCUGAUGGGAGGGUACAUCCUCAUGACCGUCUGGGCAGUCGUCUUCACAAUUGCUCUGUUAUUAGAGCACAAUAUAUCCUGGAUGCCAUACCUCAGCAUGACUUGCAUCUUCACCUACAUUCUCAGCUUUGGCCUGGGACCAGCUGGAGUGUCUUGCAUUCUGCCCGCAGAGAUCUUCAAUCAGACUGCUCGGCCAGCAGCCUACACCAUCGCUGGCUCCAUGAUGUGGAUCAACCUUUUCAUCAUUGGGAUGAUCUUUCCAUUUCUAGUGAGCGAGUUGAGUGAGUACUGCUUUGUGCCUUUCGGAGUGGUCUGCCUGCUGUCUGCCGUGUUUGUCGGCCUGGUUCUGCCUGAAACCAAAGGGAAGUCUCUGUCCGCCAUCACAAGUGAAUUCGACAAGCUCAACUUCAAGGGCCAAGAUGAAAAGUGUGCGCCGCAAGCUAAAGCCCAGUAUCAGCUGGGGGAAGUGAGUCUUUCUACGGCCUUGUAGACCGACUUCUACUGAAACACAAACGGCUGCGACCGCUAGAGGCCUCACGGUUCUGUUUGAGCAGCAAGACGCCGUCACCAAAGGAACGUUCACUCUCACAUCACCGAAAGCAACUUGGAUCUGUAACCACUCCUUUAUUUUGAGUGUUUUCUUUCGAGAGGAUUAUAAGGAAUUUCCUUUGACAUCUUCCCAUGUUGCACUUGUGUUUUGUUAUUUGUGUCACUUGUUGAAAUAAGACAGAAUUCCACAAAAUGUAUUUAAAUGGACAGUGAUGUUAACUUGCACCGUAUCAAAUAUAAAUGUAAUGCAUCAGUGUGCACACCUCAUUCAUAAAAAAAGAUAUCAUGAUGUUGAGUAUUUAUAUGUUUAGUAAUGACUGAAUAGCUAUAAUUUCUAUGGAAUAAGUGCAAUUGUUUAUGUUGAAUAUUGUUGUUUUGGUUUUAAUGCUCUAACUUUGCAGCAAUAAAAUAUUGUGUACGGACA